CCGACUGGCCGCGACUAGAGGAAACGCUGUUUCUCGUUGCUCUCGUUUUCGUCAAUCGUUACCAACACAACACGAAAAUUCGUAGUGGGCAGUUGGACAGUAACAUACUGCGGUCGUCGACGAUGGCAGACUCUCUCGAGACCAUCUUAAGCAAAGCCAACAGCGCCUUUGUUGACGAAAACUACACCGAAGCGCUAAACCUUUACAACAAGGCUCUUGAGGAAAGCCCGUCGGAUGCUGAAAUCUACGUCAAGCGCUCCCAUGCCCAUUUCAGGCUUGGAAACUGGCAAGCUACAUUCGACGACCUAAAGGCUGCCCUAACGCACGGACACCAAAGUGCAAAAGCAUUCUUGAGGAUGGGGGUUUCUGCAUUUCAUCUGGGAAAGUUUGAAGACGCAAAAGAUGCGCUCGAGAAAGGACGCGCACUUGACAGUACAGAAACACAGUUCUGCGAGUGGCUAGACAAGUGUGGUGCGCAGUUGAAAACGUCCGAGGACACCAAGCAAAGAUCCGCCCCCGUUCCGCCUCCAUCCGCACAGUCCAGGAUUCGGCACGAGUGGUACCAGACAGAAAGUCACGUGACAAUAACCAUCCUCCUCAAAAACCAGAAGGCAGAGAACAUUGAGACAAGCUUCACACGCGACACGAUACGCUUCAAGGCAAGGCUUCCAUCCGGUGACGACUACGAGCUUUUCUUGGAAGUGGCGCAUCCGAUCGUUGCGGAACAGACAACCUACAAGUGCUACUCCAGCAAGGUCGAAAUACGUGCGAAAAAGGAGGAAGGGAUUCGUUGGACGACGCUGGAACUUGAUCGCAGCUUGCCGGCCGGCCCGUGCGAGAGGAUGACUUCGGUCGCCGAGACAGAGGCGGCCAAGGCCGCGGUGGCGACCCGGACGAAGAACUGGGACCGCAUCGUCCAGGAGACGGGUGAGGAAAAGGAAGAAGGGGAGGCCGCCCUCAACACCCUCUUUCAGAGGAUCUAUGCCGACGGGACGGACGAAGUCAGGAGAGCCAUGAACAAGUCCUUUGUGGAGUCUGGCGGCACCGUGCUCAGCACCAACUGGAACGAGAUCAAGAGCAAGACGACGCCGGUCAAGCCGCCCGACGGCAUGGAGUACCGCAAGUGGCAGGAGUAGUGCGGGGAGUGCGCUCGAGCCCGGUGCGCAUUGCACUAUGCCCUUCAGAGACUCUGCUGUUUUGCCAAAUGAAAACCAAGAUGCAAGUCUGUCACGAUGCCCGGCAGCUACCGAGAUGUGCAGGAAUGUUCGUUUGUUUUUUUUUUUUUCUUGUGUUGACUAACCUCUUGCAAUAAUAAAAAAAUUAUCUCGAA